GUGGUAUUUUUUAGUUUCCCAUCGGCGGUCACUCUCCACGCAACCUCUGCCAAAAAAAAACUACGCGAAAAAUAUGCCAUAAAAGCUAUAUUUAAGUGAUUUUAACGUGGUUAUAUCAAGAAUAUAAGUGCUUAAAAGCAGCACAACCCUUGCCAGCGGUUCCCCGGGGAAUCCUAGUAAGCUAACGUACACAAGAGCGGCCGAAAAAUGGCGGAUCCGCUGAGUCUGCUGCGGCAGUACAACAUAAACAAAAAGGAGAUUGUCGAGCGCGAUAGCCAGAUCAUAUUUGGCGAGUUCUCCUGGCCCAAAAGUGUUAAGACCAAUUAUCUCAAAUAUGGAUCCGGCAAGAAGGGCGCUCCACGUGAAUAUUACACGCUGGAGUGCCUGCUGUACCUGCUCAAAAAUGUUAUGCUUCAGCACUCGGUCUAUGUGCGUCAGUGUGCCGCCGAGGAUAUUCCCGCCGUGAACCGACCCGAUCGAAAGGAGCUCCUAGCAUAUCUCAAUGGCGAAACCACAACCUGCGCCAGCAUCGACAAAAGUGCCCCGCUGGAGAUACCCACCCAAGUGAAAAGGGCAGCUGAAGGAGAUGCAGCCAGCGGGGAAGUGGCGGCCAAGAAGGCCCGCUUCGAGGAGACCCAAGUGCAAAAAGUGCGCGAGCAACUGGCGGCUCGUUGGGAUGUCAAUCAAAAGGAGACAGCCGUGAACAUGGACAAUAUCAAAUCGCUCUCGGAAACCAUGUCCGUGGAGAAGAUUGCCGCCAUUAAAGCCAAGCGCUUGGCAAACAAACGUACUACCAUCAAAAGGACGGACAACGAUGAGGCAAUGGGCACAGAUCUGAGAGCCAUCCUGGACUACGAUGUGGACUCCACCAAGGAUAUUAUUAGCAGGGAACGGCAGUGGCGGACGCGUACUUCCAUCUUGCAGAGUACUGGCAAAAUCUUUGCCAAGAACAUUUUUGCCAUGCUGCAGGGCAUCAAGGCACGUGAGGAAGGACGUAACCGGCCGCAGGCCCCCAAUCCUAUCAAGAUGCCUGAGCCGGCGCGGAUAGCUAAGCCCCAGCCCCAGUUGUCGCAGUACAAUCGUUACGAUCAGGAGCGUUUCAACAGGCAAAAAGAAGAAACCGAGGGCUUCAAGAUCGACACCCUGGGUACAUACCAUGGUAUGUCACUGAAGUCUGUGACUGAGGGCUCACUGGCGCAGCGCAAGGCGCAAGCUAACAAUCUGCCCGGAGCACCUGGAAUGCCGGGUGCCACCGCCGGCCGACCCAAGGAACUUAUACCCACGGCCCAGGCCAGGCAACUGCCCCCAAACGGACCACAGAAGCGACCCUCUCGCACACCCAUCAUAAUUAUUCCGUCUGCCAACACAAGCCUCAUCACCAUGCUCAAUGUGAAGGACAUCCUACAGGAGCUCCGCUUCAUGUCCACCGCCGAAAAGAAGUUGCAAGGCUGCCAACGCGACAGCGAGGUGUUAUUGCAGCGUAAACGUAAUAAUCAAACUGUGUCUUACCGAGUGAUAGACAAUCCUAUCAAGCUGUCGCAACAGGAUUGGCAGCGUGUGGUGGCCGUGUUUGUGAUGGGACCUCAAUGGCAGUUCAAGGGCUGGCCCUGGGAUGGAAAUCCCGUCGAAAUAUUCUCAAAAAUUUGCGCUUUUCAUAUAUGCUUCAGUGAGCUGAAAUUGGACUCCAAUGUGGAGCGUUGGUCGGUGACGUUGCUACGUCUCUCCCAAAACAAACGCCAUCUGGACCGGGCUGUGCUCAGUAAAUUCUGGGAAACUUUGGACAAAUAUAUGGCCAAAUACAAGCCUGACUUGAGGUUUUAACCCUAUACGUCUCCUAUCAACAUUCUGCUGAAAUCACUUUAUUGCAAUAAUCCUGUAAAGUCGCCCGCAAACCUUGGACCACCUUCGAUUAUUCUUUAUGAUCUGUACUUCAAAAAACCCCGAUGGCUGUUGGGUUUCUGCCGUGUAUCCAAGGCGCUCUCUUCAUUUUGGCAGUUUUAGGGUUAAGACAUAAAGUUUGUUGUUUGACUUGUACGAUGUAAGUUACACAAGAACCAGAUGCGAAACCAAGUAAAUUGUAUUUCUAGUGAUAAUAAAAAGAUUGUUUCGAUACUAAAAGCGAA